ACAGACUUAAACCCUAGUCGCAGGACGCACCCGGAAGGCUUCUUCAGUCCUCUCCUCACCCCAUAGAAAAAUUUUAGGAUUCAAUUUCAGAUUUUGGUGUCUUUCUUUUUCGAAUUUUAGGGAGCCAUGAUGAGAAUAAAGACUCCGAAGAAAGGCAGAAUCAAGAGAGAGUUUGAGAAACGUGCUCCGAAACUUGUGGAAACUGGGAAGAAGACGCUUAUACUUCAUGGCACUAAAACGAGCAGUGUCUUGAAUUCAGUAUUAACAGAAAUUUAUCAUCUGAAGAAGGACGAUUCCGUCAAGUACUCACGAAAGAAUGACAACAUUAGACCGUUUGAGAGUGGGGGUGAAACUUCUUUGGAGUUUUUUUCCCUUAAAACAGAUUGCAGCCUGUUUGUGUUUGGUUCUCACUCUAAGAAGCGGCCAAACAAUCUGGUAAUUGGACGAACCUAUGAUCACCACAUUUAUGAUCUUAUAGAGGUUGGGGUUGAAAAUUUUAGAAGCAUGGGAUCUUUCUCGUAUGACAAGAAGCUGGCUCCUCAAAUUGGGUCCAAACCCUUUUUCGCUUUUAUUGGAGAAGCUUUUGAGAGCGUAGACGAGCUGAAACAUUUAAAGGAAAUUUUGCUCGAUCUUUUCCGCGGGGAGGUUGUGACAAACUUGAAUCUGGCUGGACUCGAUCGUGUUUAUUUGUGCACAGCCUUGUCUCCCAACAGAAUAUUUUUCUCUCAUUGUGCCCUGCGUCUUAAAAAGUCCGGCACUGUAGUACCAAGGAUGGAGCUGGUUGAGGUUGGCCCAUCUAUGGAUAUGGUUGUUCGGAGGCAUCGUAAUCCUGAUGACAGCCUAAGAAAAGAAGCAAUGAAGACAGCACCUGAAUUGAAAAAGAAAAAGGAGAAAAAUGUCGUCAAGGAUGCUAUACAAGGGAAAAUUGGGAAGAUUUAUAUUCCAGAUCAGAAGGUUGGUAGUGUGCCACUUGCUAACAAAGCAAAAGGAGUGAAAAGAGAGAGACGUGAAGCUAAGAUGAAGGGUGAGGGCCAGAAACCUACACAAAAGAAGCAGAAGCAGGAUGCUGAGUGAUCUUGUUUUUACCUGCAGCAAGCAUUGUUGGUUUGAGGCAAAAUUUCAUUCUAUUGUGAUUGGGGUGUGAGGAUCUUCAUCUGUAAUCCAUGUAUUUGCUUCCAAAUCAAUUUUGAGCCACAUGAUAUAAUCUUAAAUCAUCAUUUUAUCUGUUAGUUUUUCUUUGGGAUACUUUUUGCCAUGUAGAGCUAACUUGUCGCAUGAAUGACAGGAAGAUGAUUCUUGAUGCUGGUUGAGGAAAACUCGUUAUCGUAUUCAGUUAAAUGCUUUCUUUUCUGUUGCU